CCAUUUCAUAGUCUAAGUUCUUCAUCCUGGGUAUGUUUCCUGCCGAGCUGAAGCAAAACAAACUAAGGGUACCACUGAUAGUAUUCUGCCUCAGAUUUGCCUUUAAAGGUAUUAUCAACUACUCAUUUCCAAAGAUGACAUCAUUUCCUCAUUUGGCCCAUGAACAUCUUAUCUGGAGAUGGGGACAGUUCCAUGAGGAUCUCCAGGAGGAUUUCUGGCAUCUGCAAAUGUCCUUCUCUGAACCAGAGUUGGAGGAGAUUGCUACAUUUCUGCAGUGGUGAAGCAAAAGAAGAAACAUCUUAGGCCAGAGAAGCAGAGCUCUGCUAGGAAUGCCCCUAAGUGAGGGCUGAGCAAAGCUCAGCUGUAGAGGCUCUCCAGGAGAGGAGUAGGAUUGCUAUAUUCUGCGGGGAGACCAUCUGCCAUCACACCAGUACUUGGAUAGAAGAUGUCCUCCUGACUCUAAGAAAGACACAGUGAUCGCCCAAUGACAGAGAAAUGGAUGAGAUCUACAUGAGCAAACUGGACAAGAGGAGAGAAACAUUGUGCACAGAAAAGAUGGAUGUCUACAAUCUUACCACAGUGACUCAAUUCAUCCUCAUAGGGCUCUCUGACCUCCCUGAGGUGCGUUACCCUCUCUUCGCGUUGCUGGCUGUGAUGGCUUAUGACCGGUAUGUGGCCAUAUGUUUCCCUCUGCGUUACUCUCUCAUCAUGACCAAGGUUCGCUGUGUGCAGCUGCUUUUUGGGACCUGGGCAGCUGGGUUUCUCAACUCCUUUCUCCACACAAUGUCCACCUUUAGCCUGUCUUUCUGCAAGUCCAACCGAGUUUACCAGUACUACUGUGAUAUCCCACCUGUGAUGGCUCUGUCAUGCUCAUCCACCUAUGUGGCAGAAAUGCUUGUUUUAGUGGUAGGAGGUAUUUUUGGUGUUGGUGCUUUUCUGAUUACUUUCAUCUCCUACAUAUACAUUGUCUCCACCAUCCUCAAGAUCCAGUCAGUGGAUGGGAAGCGCAAAGCUUUCUCCACAUGUGCUUCCCAUCUUCUUGUAGUCUUCUUGUUUUAUGGCACAACAAUAUUUACCUAUAUCCGCCCCUCCUCCAGUCAACACUCUCCUGCUAGAGACAGACUCAUAUCUAUGCUGUAUGGUGUCAUUACCCCGAUGUUAAACCCUAUUAUUUACAGCCUGAGAAACACAGAAGUCAAAGGAGCACUCAGAAAAGUUUUACAUCUUAGGAUAUGUUCACAGAAAGCAUGA